AUGAAUGCAUUAUUAGAAUUACCAUUCAGAUUCAUUAGAGUGCCAAGGAUGAGACUGAGAGUGCCACAUAUUGAGCCACCCUCACCAAUGGUCGUCUUUGCCUUUAUCUUCUUCACGUACUUCUUGGUCAGCAGUGGCCUCAUCUACGAUCUGAUCGUCGAGCCACCCUCAAUCGGUUACGAGCCCGAUGGAAAGGGUAACAGCAGACCACAGGUGUUCCAGAUGUAUCGUAUCAACGGACAGUACAUCAUCGAGGGUCUCUCUGCCGGCUUUGUCUUUGCGCUGGGCGCCAUUGGCUUCAUCAUACUCGAUCUCAACAAGAAGAAGAACAACAACUACCUCUUUAUCGCUGGUCUCGUAAUGAUCGUUGCCACCUACAACAUUGCCAUCGUCUUUAUCAGAAUGAAGAUCCCUGGUUAUGGUUACUUC